GGGUCAUCUGUAUACGGUAAAAUCGAAGGUGGGAAGAGAAAUGGCGGGACCGAUAAAACUGUCGCAGUUAACCCGGAGCCGAAGAAGCAUUGGCCGGAACAGUUUUCUUAGCGAAGUUCCUUUCAUAUCGCAACCACAUACGUCUGCACCGCUGCUCGUCUUUGAAAUCAAUAUCUCAGAGCGCUCAUUUUUAGGGCUUAGUUGAGUUUAUCUGCGUGAGCUUGCUCCUACUCUAAACCUAACCGGCGAUUUCAUCUUGGCCGAACGAAUCUCCACUCGUUUUGGCAGAGUCUGCGUCGGAGACAUUGUCCUUGUGAGGUCCCCUGAGAACCAUCGAAAAGUAAUGGCGAAGCGCUUGAUGGGCAUGGAAGGUGAUUCUGUUACCUAUGUUGUAGACCCGAAGAAUAAUGAUUGGUGUGAAGCUGUUGUGGUUCCUAAGGGACAUGUUUGGAUAGAGGGAGAUAACAUGUAUGAUUCAAAGGAUUCAAGUUAUUUUGGGGCCGUCCCAUAUGGUGUUCUGCAAGGGAAAGUAUUCUGGAGGUUGUGGCCACCUAAAAGUUUUGGACCGUUGGAGAAGAGGAAAUCGAAUGAGACAGUCUUGGGAGGUAAGAAACAAUUUAUUCAGUGCAGCAGAGAAUAUGGUUUAACUCUUAAUAAAACCACUUCUCAACCCGACGACACAAGACCCUUAACUUACCUUAAACCCUACGGACAACCUCUACACAAUCCAUAAGAAAUACCCAUAGAGGACACAUAGAACCUUAAACUCCAUUGAAGCUAAGCUUCACAGGGAAAGAAACCGCUCCAUCUCCCACCAAAAUGGUGUGCUCACCCGCCGGCAGCAGAUUGUAGCCACCGAAAUCAAUUAGCCCCAAGCUCUUACAAGCAUUCAACUUAAAUUUCACCGAUUGGAAGCCCCCAGCCUUCAAAAACACCCUCUGGAACCCAACCACCUGCUUGAUAUGAGUUGAUGAAAUUCCGCUUGGUGGUUUCGAGUACACGAUCACAACCUGGCUACCGUCCUUUUUGCCGACAUUCUCGACUUUGAUUUCAAACUCGAACUCGUCGGAGCAAGUUAUGUCAUCGACGAGGACGGAGGCGCAGUCAAGCUUUACGGCAGUGUCGUAGGCAAUGUCUCGGCAUAGGAUUGCUUUGUUGAUAUUGACGGUCACGGAUGGGAUGGCGGAGACUAGAGUAUGGUUGAAAGAGGUGUAGCUGAGGCCGUAGCCGAAGGGGUAGACGACAGGGCCGUCGAAGAAUUUGUAGGUUCUUCCUGGAUAUUUGAGGCUUGUCACUGGGCGGAGCGGCAUCGAUGUCAUUGGUAGCUGGUUGACGUAGUCGGCUUCAUGCCAUGUCACCGAUUACAUCGGCGAUGGCGCGGCCGCCCUCUUCGCCGGGAUAACCAGCCCAGACAAUGGCUCUGAUGUUGGAAAUAUUUUUAGCGAAAGAGAUGUCGAUGCCACCGGCCGACAUGAUGACAAGAACAACAGGGCCCUUAGAGGCAGCUGCAACUUGUUCGAUGAGCUGAGUUUGGAGACCAGGAAGAAGAAGAUCAACUC